GCAGGGCGUCACAGCCUGGGGUGUAUACAGUGUGAGCUUUUUGCUUCCACUGGGAGGACUUCGGGAACAGUCUGCGUCCAGAGCUUCCAAGAGCUGCAAGUAUUUGCUGAAAUAUGCCUUCUAAGAUGAAAGCCGGGAAGGAUCUGCUCAUUUUUGCUGGUAAAUUUAUGUAUAGCUUUUGGGACACUUUAUUUCACUACAUAGUUCCAAGACCAAAGAAAAAUGUUGCUGGUGAAAUAGUCCUUAUAACAGGAUCUGGAAGUGGAAUUGGACGAUUAUUAGCCUUAAGAUUUGCCCAUCUAGGAGCUAUCCUUGUUCUCUGGGAUAUCAAUCCAGAGGGCAACCAGGAAACUUGUGAAUUGGCCAAAAAAGCUGGUACAUCAAGAGUAUAUACCUAUACCUGUAACUGCAGUGAUAGAGAAGAUAUCUACCGAGUAGCAGCUCAGGUUAAAAAAGAAGUUGGUGAUGUCACCAUCCUCAUUAAUAAUGCUGGAGUUGUAACAGGAAAACAGUUCCUUGAGAUUCCAGAUGAAUGUGUGGAAAAGUCAUUUGAUGUGAACUCCAAAGCACAUAUCUGGACUUACAAAGCCUUCCUUCCUGCUAUGAUUACUAAUAACCAUGGACACUUGGUUUGCAUUUCAAGUUCAGCUGGAUUAAUUGGUGUAAGUAAGCUAUCGGAUUAUUGUGCAAGUAAAUUUGCAGCCAUUGGAUUUGCUGAGUCCAUAUUUUCAGAACUGUAUGCCCAAGGAUAUACUGGGAUUAAAUCAACCAUUGUUUGUCCAUUUUUUAUAAAAACUGGAAUGUUUGAAGGUUGUACUACUGAAAAUCCUCUCCUGUUGCCAAUUCUAGAGCCAGAUUAUGUAGUCAAUAAGAUAAUGAAUGCAAUUCUGGAAGAACAAGUUUACCUGUUUAUGCCACGAUUUCUAUACUUCGUGUUAUUUUUAAAAAGCUUUUUGCCAACCAAGGUGGCAUUGGUUCUAUGUGAAUACUUGAAAAUCUUUGAGGUAAUGAAUUGCUUCACAGGACGAGUAAAGAAGGAUUGAAAACCAAACUCUAAGGAAGAUGUCACUUAGAAAUCCAAAUCCAGCACUGCCAAAUAUUUGUUAUUUCAGUGAAGAAAUGACUAAUGCUAUUUGACACAAUUUCUGAAUACCAGUAAAAUAUAUAUCUUACUAUCUAGGCUAUAUUUAGCUUUACCUAAUUAGUCUACUACCUACCUAGCCUGAAAUGUAUAUGUAUAUAUGUAUAUAUGUGUGUAUAUAUAUAUAUAUAUAUAUAUAUAAUAUGGGGGGUUUUUUCCUAUUCUAGGAAUGGUUAGAUAUUUUACUUUUCAAAAAUCUAAGCCCAAUCUUGACAUGCCAUUUGCACUGUCUUUGGGUGGGCAGGGGAAGAGGGAGGAUAUUAGUUAGACAUCCUAUUCUUAGUGAUUCUUUCCCUUAUCCAAAUCUUUGGGUGACUUGAAGAAAGAUUCCAUGUGAACCAAGCAGCUUCUGGCUAUAGUGGGAAAACUAAAGGUUGUAGGAUUGGCUAAGGUCCAGGAUGUAUUUACAUAGGUGUCACCAUACCUACUCCCCUAACCAUUUUCCCUUUUUCAGCUUACUUACCUUUUGAAUAGAGAAAGUUAGUCUCUCAUCCUCUCCUCCCAGAGCAGUAGCACCAGGAUACCAUCUAUCUGCUCAUCAGAAAAUCACCUUACCUAAUCACCUGAGGUACAGCUGAGUUUCAGAUACAUUCAACCACACAAUUCUAGCUACUUCACAUUAUGUACAUUUGCAUAAUCUUAGAAAGUUCCCUUAGGUAAACACCUCUAUUUUUCCAGAAAAGGGAUCAGAAAGAGUUACUGCCCUCCACUCCAGAAAUGAACCUCAUGGAAUAAGAUUCAAGCUUUUCCAUAGGGCAGUUUCAGAAAACCAAUAUUGCUUUAGUUUCUUUACUGUUCUAAAAUAAUCCUGGAGUUAAUCUGUCAUAUUUAUAAUGUUUGAUCUACUAGAUCAAUCUAGUAUUUGCAAAUUAGCAUUUAAUUUUUUUCCAGAGAAUAGAAAAUUUGUAUAUCCUCAUAAUCUCCAAUAGUGUUAUGCUGUUCAGUUGAUUGUAUUUUUACAACUUAAUCAUCAGUUGGCAAGGUACUUUUCUCCUUUGAAAUUAACUAUGAAAGCAAGACUAAAAAUUGUGCCUGUAUUUGAAACUGCUCUCCAAAUUUCCAAACUUCUUUACCAUGAGGAAAUCUUUACAAGUCAGCUAUUUGUUGGUGGUACCUGCAAGACAACUGUGGAAAACCUGUUUUAAGUUCUUUUCAUCCCUUCCCCCCCAACCCCAACUUUUUUUUGUGAGAAGGAAUGAGAAAUGUCCUAAAGGACCCUUAGUAAGAUGACAAGAUGAAAAUAUUUGAAAAUCAAUGGUCCUCCAUCAGUGCUAUGGGAGUCCUUGGGUAGGUAGGAACUUAAUUGCUCCCUGAUUAUGGUUUGUAAAGCCUUAGCUUUUUGCAACUUGCACAAUAAACCUAUAUCUUCAUGUAUUUGUA